AGUAUUUUAGGUAUUGGCACUCACUUGCCUAGUUCAUAUCCAAAACUUCAGCUCAUUUCUUAUCCGGGCCACACCACAACCUCCUCUUUUUCUCUUUAGGGGUGAGAGAUAUCCGGAAGGAAUAAGCUUCCUAGCUAUGGCAAACUCAGAGGCUGGAACAAAUAGUGAUGUUGCACAGGAAUUAGAAAGCGAGUAUCAAGUGUUUCUAAGUUUCAGAGGACCUGACACUCGAAAUGAAUUCACCGACUUCCUCUAUCAUGGCUUGGAAGAUGUUGGGGUCCGUGUAUUCAGGGAUGAAGAUGAACUCCGCGUCGGCGAAUUGAUUGGUGAAAACAUUCUACGUGCUAUUGACAACUCCAUAAUCUACAUACCCAUCUUCUCUCCGACUUAUGCUUCCAGUAAAUGGUGCCUUCGUGAGCUUGUGCACAUAAGACAGAAUUUGUCCCAAUCAGAGGGUCAAAAAUGCAUCCUUCCCAUUUUUUUUCAUGUGGAACCUGAUGAUGUCAAGCUUAAGACUCAAAGGUACAUUGAAGACUUUUCGAGGCAUGAGAAGGAGUCUCCCAAGGAAGUCGAGGCAUGGAGAGAGGCUCUUGCGAAGGUUGACGAAAUUAAGGGAUGGAAGGUGAAAAAGGAUCAAAGCCAAGCAACUAUUGUCAAGUUGGUUGUUGAAAAGGUUUUGGAGGAGCUGAGGAUAAAACAAAAAUCAGUACCUAAACAUUUAGUUGGACAUGAUGAUCGGGUAAAAGACUUGAUAGAAUUAUUAGAUGUCAAACAAUUUGAUGUGCGGCUCAUUGAAAUUUAUGGAAUGGGUGGUACAGGUAAAACAACUAUUGCCAAGGUUGUCUUCAAUAAAUUAUGUUCCCAUUUUGGAAAGUGUUGUAGCUUCCUUGAGAACAUUCGAGAAAGGUCAAUCAAGGAGGGCAUCGUCCAUUUGCAAAAGAAAUUACUAUCCGACAUUGGUGGUUCUAGAUCUAUAGAAAAAAUUGAAGAUAGUGAAGAAGGAAUGAGGAGGAUUGGAGCGACACUUAGCAAUAAGAAGGUCCUUGUGGUUCUAGAUGAUGUUGAUGAGAAAGUGCCCAUUAAGAAUCUAAUAGGAAAUUCCAAAUUACAUCGAGGAUCUAGGAUAAUCAUUACAUCAAGAGAAAAAGAUAUUUUGCAAGAUAGGGGAUUUGAAGGUGAUAUUCAACACUAUGAGAUGCUAAAGAUGGAUGAUGUUCUUGCACUUCAGCUUUUUUGUCGGCAUGCCUUUGAUAGAGACAUUCCUUUGGAUCAUUAUAGUGACCUUUCAAGUAAAAUUGUCUCCCUUAUGGAAGGGCUUCCUUUGUCUAUCGAAGUCGUGGGUUCGUUACUUAAGGGGAAAGACAAAAAAUUUUGGAAUGAAAUGUUGGUCAGGUUAAGUGAAGAACCUGAGAAAAAGAUUCUUGAUAAGUUGAGGAUUAGCUAUGAUGACCUAGAAUAUGAGCAUAAACAAAUUUUUCUUGAUAUAGCAUGCUUCCUUUUCAAUGAGAAGAAGACGAUGCAACUUACAUAUGGGCGAACUGUAAAUUUUAUCCCACAAGAGGAAUUGAAGUUCUUAUCAAGAAGUGCUUGA